AUGCCAAAAGAGCGAUGCGGAAAAGAAGCCGAAGAAAAAAGCAAAAAAUUCCGCAAAAAGUGCAAUUUUUAUGCUGAAUCGCGUGUUUUUUCAAAAAAAUACCCAAUAAAAGUUUAUUUUCAGCCCGCGAUAAGUGUUAUCGGUUGGUCCGACUGCUGAAAAAUCAAAUUAGAAGGUUUGUUUCCAAAACUAGCUGCUUUUCGGUCGAUUUUAAAAAAGAUUGUUUAGCGGCACAAUAGAAAUUAGAAUAGAACCGCGUACGACUAUUUUCUAUUCAGUGCAUUUCGUUUGUCUCAACACUCAAAUUGCGAAAUAAUAUCAAGCAUAGUUGAACCGUCCGCAAUUGUGAAUUUCCUUCACGGGUCGACGUAAUUUCAACGUACAGAAAAAUCCUUGCCGGUGCUGUAAUGCUAUGCUAAUUAUUCUCCUCGGAACAGUUCAGAUUGGUCGCGUUAUCAAAAAUCUAUUAUUGAAGGGCGUCGUUUCACCGAUUUUCAGAGGAUAUCGCGUUGCUCAUAAAAUUCGAACGUUUUUUGGAAUGGACAAAAUGGGUAAAACCACUUCCGCUGGAUCCACCGCCUCAGCGACCAUCGUCUUCAACAAGGACGAAAAACAACACUGCUUUGAUAUAAAUGGACGCAGCGUGACAGUUGUCGGUAGUGUCGGAAAACAUGACCAUGGUAGUUCGAAGGUUAAGCUGAAGAAUAUUGUCGACUACAAGUGGGAACAGCGGAACUAUCCGGGGCGGCUAAUCGCUUGUCAUAAUGAAGGCAAGCUGAUCGCUUAUGCUAUUACAGUAAACCACCGAGCUACCCCGGAGGGUAUGGUUCGUAUCGUGCACCUCUCACUUGGCCAGCGUGCUCUCAUCAAAGGCAUGUCUGGUGAAGUUCUAGACUUGCAGUUUGCUCAUUCUUCUUCCAAGAUUCUGCUGGGCGUUAUCGAACAGAUUGCACUGCACGUGUACCAGGUUGAAAUUGUCAACGAAAAAAUCAUUUGCUCGAAGUUGCUUAAAGUAAACGAUCCAAUCGACGGGCACGUGCCGCUGUGCGACAAGAUAUCCUGGUGUCCCUAUCUGCAAGACAGUGGCUACGAGGAUCAGUACGCCAGCCAAUUGCUAGUUUGGACCCGUGGUGAUAUCUUCCAGUGCUACAGUAUUAGUACCGUUGUUCAGCACUACGGAAGCGGCGAAAUUGCCGGAAAAGACAUUUCCGAGGGAGGAUUCAAAUUUCGAGACGCUUUACCCGUGAUAACCGGAGCUAUCUUUUCUGCGGAUGGGACAACCUUGGCCAUCAGUUGCGAAGAUGGUGUCAUCCGAUUCUAUCAAGUUUAUCAGCACACAAACGAAAGCAAUCCGAGGUGUCUACAUCAGUGGAAACCUCACGGCGGAAAGACGAUCAGCAGUUUCUUCUUUUUGGAUAACUACACAGAGCAGGCAGGGGACCAAACACUUUGGCAACACGCUAUCACGUGCUCAGACAACAAUACCGAAAUCAAAGUUUGGUCCUGUGAAACCUGGGAGUGUACUCAGAUGAUUAAAUUCGCUCUCCCGAUCGAUCAAUCACUUUGUUUUAAAGCGGAAAUCGAUGCCACCUCGUCGUAUCUUGUCCUAUCGGAUAUGUCGACCCGAGAGUUAUAUGUGCUGCAGGUGUGCAAAGAAACAUGUUCUACCAUAACAAAUGGGAAAUCAUGCGAAGAAAGUUACACCAGUUCCAAACUGGCAGAAUCCAAGACGACAGAUCAGAACAACACAGCAACAUCGACAGUAAGCUCCACAGUCACUAGCGUAAAUGCAAUCACGAGAGCAUAUAUCUCAUCGAUUGCCGAAUUCCCGCUUUCGUCGCCGAUUCUCAGUUUUGGCAUUCUGGACGUAGCGGUUCGUAUGUUUAAAACCAACGAUGCAUAUUUAAUCGAAGAGUUGGACGACUAUGACGAGGAAAAUAGUGCUCUCUACUGUGUGGUGAUUCGCAUGUAUCUUGUCCAGCCCAAGAGCGUGCAAGAGUGCCAUCUGUUUUAUCAACCGAAUGUGGCCUUCGGCACUGUGGUACGCAGCACAAUUUCAAGCGUCAGCAGUGAAUAUCGGAAUAUCUCGCAAUCAUCAACCGGUUCUACGAACAAAGAUGAACGAGGGAAUAAUGUCUCCUCGCUGAUGGAUAUGAUUAACAAAAAUGCAAACAAUACGUUAGUCGGUGAAGGCACUGAAGGUUCAUUGAAUGCCAGCGAUAAGGGCAAUAAGUCGCAAUCAAAAGAGACGGAGGAGUUAAAUAAAAUACUCUCACCAGUUGCAGUCGCUGCUGUGUUAUCAACCUCGACGGAAAAAAUCAUUCAGCCGAAGCAAACUGUUAACUUGAUGACGCCGGAUUCUUUCAACUCCACCAGUGACAAAACAGACAUGCAUAUAAAUGACGAAACCGUAAAUCCAAACGUUUUGAACACUCUGCUUAUGUUGGCCAAUGUCACAAAACAGCAGCAACAGCUGAACAAUAGCGUUACAUCGCCCAACGAGAGCCUGAAGGAGAAACCGUCACCACUGAACAUGCUGAAUAUUGUCAACAGCACCAUGAUCGAGGAACAGGAACAGGCAAAGGUGCGACAGUCAGUUGAACUGCAACAGGCAGUCUCGCUAGAAACACCACCAGUCCCACCGAUGCCUUCGACAGAAAUGCUAGCCAGUGGUGGGUCAAGUCCUAGUCGCGAAGUACAGGAGAUUCUAUCGCUCAAAGACAACGAUUGUCUGAACGAGUACUACGACUCGGACAACAUUCUAUUGGACGAAACUGACGGAAUCGGUGCUGAUGAUGACGAGUUGAAUGAUCUGGAAAACGAAAUAAUCGAUGACGAAGAAGAUGACGAUCGGUACAACUUCAAGAACAUCGACGAUGAUGAUGACGAGGACGAAAUACAGCAGCGAAGCGUACAACCAACCCAGAAAUCGGGCCAGAAACUAUCAGAGGUGAAACCGAUUAAUCAAGAUCAGCCACCACUUGGAUUUGUGAAAUCGGAACCGGUACACGACAAAGUAAACAAAAAUGAAUCUGCCAGCAGCGGAGGAUGGCCCAAAGUCCCAGAAGUGCCGCAUCCUCCACAGAAUAAUUUCAUAACAGCCGCACAGCCACCUCCACCGCAACCACCGAUGAUCGUUACCGUACCGCAAAACUCUAAGCAACUUGACGAAAUAACCCAGAAAAUGGAUCUACUGCUUGACAUUGUGCAAACACAGUCCCGUCAGAUAACAGAACUUCGUACCCAAAUUCACGAUUUGAAUAAGACCCGAUCGGAAGAUGCGCAACGGUAUCAAUCGGUGUUGAACAAACUAGAUACGUACAUUCCUAAGAAAAUCGAUGAAUGUUUCACCCGAAAUGACCGACAGCAUGCUGCCAAAAUGGAAGCGUCGAUAAUUUACCAAAACCGUCAAUUCCGAGAUGGUUUGAUGCAAGCCCUGCCGCAGAUGCUGAAUACACAAAUCGUCGAACGGCUAACCCCAACGAUUAUCGCGGAAAUUCAACGAUUUGUUGCACCACGCAUUGGGGCACAGAUCGAACAAAUGACUCAUUUGAUCAAAAUGGAUGUGGGAGCCAAACUCAACAACAGCGAUGUCUUGUUCCGGACCACCAUGGAAAAGAUGUGCCGCACACAGACAUUUUUGGAUACAAUGUCAACCGCCGUCCAAGCUGGGGUGCGAAAAACAUUGGAACGAACGUUCCACGAGUCCAUACGAAACGUUAUGCUUCCAGGCUAUGAGAAAUUUUCGCAAGAAUUAUUCCGUCAACUGAACACCGCAUUUUCUGCAGGAACGAAAGAAUACGUUCAGAAAAUGGAUCAACACAUGGCACAGAACAAACAGGUUACAGACCGAACAAAUGAACUGAUCGAACUAGUUCAAAAGGUUCCCGAACAGGUCAACAGCAGCAGCGAUCGGCAGUUUAAAACAAACACCGCGGUACUACGGGAGGACAUCACACGGGACUUUAAGCUAUUGCAAACAAACCUACUCAAGGUUAUGAGAGAAAACAUUCGAUGUGAGAUCGAAAAAGGCUUAGAAGCGCAAGCCUCCUCUCUCGAAGACUCCGUACUAUCGGCGGUACGAUCACAAGCUCAAACGCCUGCCCCUUCGAAUGUGGACAUUCAAGAGCAAAUCCGGCAGUUACUUGCCCAUGGUCACAUCAACAAAGCCUUCCAUAAAGCGCUCCUUUCCAAUGAUUUAUCGCUGGUUGAUUACACUUUGGAAAAGGCAGACUACAAACAGGUGUUCAGCCCGUGCCCAUUAGAACAAACGGUUCUGCUGUCGCUGAUUCAACAAAUCUCCGCCGACAUGGUCAAUCACAACGAAUUGAAGCAUAGGUACCUGUCGGAUUCAAUCGUCAGUCUCAACUUUAUGGAUCCAAUCACGAAGGAACACGCGCCGAAGGUGAUGCGUGAGUUGAACCAGAACUGCCAAAACUAUCUGAGUGCAAAUCCUGGCAAUUCGUUGGCCACCAGCAUGAAGAUGCUGCUGAUUGCUAUUCAAGGACUGGGAUUCAAAUCGUUCUGAUGUAUGUGGAAAUAGACUGCGGAAAGCUGCUGAGCUUAAGACUUCCGACAGGUCAGAUACUGAAUCAGCAUUUUGUUUUAAUCUUACAUUUUAUUGCUUCCAAUUUGAUCAAUGAACUUUCUAAGUUAAAGUUCUCGAAUGAAACUAAGCUAAUGAAUUCGAUACAGGAUGGUUUUUGUUUGAUUCAUCGUUUUUAUUCGAAUGUUAAACAAUUUUUUAUCCUAUAUUAUUUGAAUUUGUUAUUGGUUUGUAUCAACUAAACAACAAUUUGACAAGUUUUGGAAGUGAUCCAAAAUAAAAAAAAACAGCUUCACAAAGAUAUUAAUCAUACUUUUUGAGAAAGCUCAAUCAAAAUCAUAAUUCAUUUAAAUGAAAUAAACU